AUAUGUUCUGUAUAUAUGGCUUCCCGAAGCGUGUGCAUUCUGAUCAGGGGGCUAAUUUUGAGAGUAAGCUCAUCAAGGAACUGUUGAAUAUGGCUGGUAUAAAGAAAUCGCACACUACGCCUUACCACCCGAUGGGUAAUGGGAUCACAGAGCGUUUCAACAGAACCCUUGGGAGCAUGAUCAGAACCUUACCCCCCAAGUCCAAAUCAAAGUGGCCCCAGUCGCUAAGAAUGUUGACUUUCUGUUAUAAUUGCACUGUCCACGAGACAACCGGCUUUGCACCCUUUUACCUCAUGUUUGGGAGGAUUCCCAGACUUCCCAUUGAUGUAAUGUUCCAACAUGCUUUAAAGGAUGAUCAUGUCAUUACUCACUCAGAGUUCGUAUCCCACCUCAAAAGAGACCUUAGUGAGGCAGCAGAGGUUGCUCAGAGGCACAGUUCAGCUGAACAGGCUCGUCAUGCUAAGCUCUAUGACCGCAAAGUAAAAGGCUCUCCAUUGAUUGUUGGUGACAGGGUUUUGUUGGCAAACAGAGGUGAAAGAGGAAAACGGAAGGUUGCAGACAAAUGGGAGUCAAUUCCUUAUGAAGUGUUGUCAGUAAGAUCAGCAAUCAAUGUCUACCGUGUGAAGGAUACAGUCACUGGCAAAGAAAAAACAGUUCACCGGAACUUGCUCCUUCCAGUCAGUUUCCUGUUGAGAGACGAUGAAGUUGACUUGUUGUCUGUUUCCCUGUCAGUUGAAGCAGGCAGUGAUCCUGGUGAUGCUUUGCCUCAUGACCAACUUGAUGGUGAUGAAAAAACAUUGCAGUGGAUUUUGAAAACUGGAAAGAAUGCUGAACUUGAUGAGGUUGUUGUCGACUUACCUAGUUCAUUCAAUGCAGUGGAGAAUAUUCCUGUGGAUGAUGUUGGCGAUGACAGUCAUGGAUGUACUGGCCGGGACAGUGAUGUGAGCCAGUCAUCAUUCCUAGACGAUCAGUCUGCCCACAGUCAGCCCAUACAGCUCCCCACACACUCGCCAGCUGAUGCACAUGCACAUGUUCCCAGUAGUGCAGACUUAGAAUCAGUUGAGCCUGUAAUUUGCACCCAGCCAAAGCAAGACAUGACUAGGAUUGGUAGGACCAUUAAACCUCCAAAGAGAUUAAUUUGUGAGAUGAAUGACCAGGUUAUGGAAGAUUCAAGGUCUUCCGUGGGUUCUUUUGUUACUCUUAUGAGACAUGUUUUUGCAGUGUAGCCUGAGACUUUACAAUGUGCCGUUUGAGUGUAGACGGAUACUCCAUUUUUCUCUGGAGUUUUUGAGCUGUGUCAAUUAGGAGGGGUGUAAACGGCAUCUCUUGUGUCUAUGUUAAGGUUUAGGUUUUGGUACCAGCCUAUCCUUACAUAUCUCUAUAGGGGGAGUUUUGUAACUGACUAAAAGGCAGUAGCGCUCAAUGUAAUUCUUUUUUUAUUUUUAUUUAUUUUAUUUAUUUUUUUUUUCAGUUCUUCAGUUUUCUCUGUGUUGGAUGCGCUUCCCUGAUUUAGCAGUAAUUUAGGGGGGUGUAUGUAACGGGUUGUAUAUAGGUUCUGUUAAAUUCCUGCAUAAAUGGGGACAGCGUCGUCUGCUGGCGUCACUUUGUAUUGCGCUGCGGUGCUAAAAAUAGCGAAUUAUGGGUAAUCCACAGCAGAACUUCUGAUAACUGCUGUGGUAAGUCGCAUGUUAAAUGCUGCAGAGACAAUAUUAGCCAAAAUGCUUUAAAGCUCACAAAAAAAUGUUUUAUUUUACUGUAUUUUUGUUUUGAAGUAGUUAAGUGAUGAAUGCCGUUUGUUUGGCGUCGAGUGAGUCAUUAAAUUAGGCUCAGAGCUGAAUGUUAAAUGUAGCUUAUGUUGCAUGGCUUCAAAUGCUAUUCCUUCAUCUGACUUACUGUGCGUUUUGUAGGGCUGUUUAUGUCUCUGUCUGCAAUGUCGUCAUGCUUAUUAUCCUGAUUCAGUUUGGUUUCCCCAUAUGCAGUUUGGUUUCCCCAUAUGCAGUUGCAGCUCCACAUACACAACACAACGAGGCUGACGCAUGAAGAACCGUUACA